UGUGCUUUCGAGUUCGUUCACAUGGUAGUCACGUCCGCCGCUGGGAGCGACGCCGGGGCUUCAUAGAGUGAUGUGCGAACAGACGUCAAAACGGCCCUUAUGAAUAUUGAUGCGGAGGCUAGGCUGCUUUCGUAAAGGAGCAGAAGGAAGCAAGAUGGCUGCCCUUUAGGAUUGGAUAGACGGGAGAUCAGAUUGCUUUGGCUGGAUUCUACGAGGCUGAGGGACUUGCUGGAAAGAGAUACAGUAAGAGGGCAACCUUGUGGAUGGCCUCAGAGUAAGCCAGAUGGAACAGGACAGAACCAACCAUGUUGAAGGCAGUAGUUUGAGCCCAUUUCUAAAGCCACAUCCUUCUCAUGUGUGCCAGGCAGAGCCUUUGUCAGUGAAGCUACAGAAUGGAAACCCAACAGCAGAGAAGGCCCACCACUUUGAACUAAAUGGCAACCACACGUGGCUGCAUUUCAAGGCCAACAAUGGAAUGAAGCAUGCUGCAAGAGGAAACUCAAACAACCGGAUAAGCCCUGAUCUUCUGCAGGGAAAGCGAGAUUGUAACAGAUAUAUGCAAAAUGGUGGGAUAAAGCGCACUUUUAGUGAGCCUUCUCUGUAUGGGCUUCACCAGAACAAGAAACUUAGGCAGGACGAAGAAGCAAAGGGAGGGAAAGAAACCCCAUCAGAUGCCUGCAAUCAACCAAGUGUUUCAAGUUCAGACAGCAGCAAGAACUUUAUGGGAUUUAAUGUGGGACAGAAUGCAGCUUCAGUUCAUAUUCAGUCCUCACGAUACAAUGGUGGUGCUUCAGAAUCACCUCAUGCUCCCCAAAUACCGCAUGAAGAGGAGUGUGAAAACAUUAGUUGCCACAACCGGGACAUUGUCUUGCUAUGUAAAAACAAGGCAGUGCCCAUUCCUAAUGGUGCUAUAGUUUCUGCAUCUUCUAUGAGAAACAUGCAUGGUGAACUCUUGGAGAAAACACUGUCUCAGUAUAAUCCAGAUCAUGUUUCCAUUGCAAUGCAGAAAACCACAUCUCUUUCAAAUGCCAUAAACCCUCUGGCUACUAAUGAGUUGGCUUGUGGUGCACCACAUUCAUCCCAUACCUCAGGGCAGAUCAGCUCCUCACAAACCUCAAACUCUGAGCUGCCUCAGGUGCUACGUUCUGUGGCUACUAAGGUCCACAGGGCAGAAAACUCCAAUAAACCAUCCUUGUUGCCCAUAUGCUACACUUUCCAGAACCCAGAACUAGAGUUAGAUCAGCAAAAGUCUGAAAAUAUUCACCAGUCACCUGCACAGGACGCAGAUAUUCUGGGAAACAAAGGGCAGGUUCCUAAUCAAGAUUUCUUACUAUCCAGUCAAGAAUUUUCACUAAAUGCCAGCAAUACUCUAAAAGCUCAGAACAAAAGCUUAGAGAGAUUGUCAGAGCCAGCAGAAGAAAAUGGUGCUUUGUUUCAACAAGUUUCUGUGUUCAAGAAUGAGCCUUUCAGUCCAUCUCCUGUUGCAGCUUCUCCAGCCCCAGAAAUAAGCCCUAUUAUAUCCACUGGGGUGUCAGAAGGGCACAGUAACCUUUCCAAGACCCCAGGUCAAGAAACUCAUCUGAAGGAAGAGAAGAAUGGAGAGCAGCAACGACACCAGGGACAACUUGCAACACAAAUAUCUGAGUUUUGUCAGCAGGAACUUCAACAGGGUCUUCAACAAGACAUUCAGGUUUCGCAGCAGCCUACCAGUAAAACAGAUCUGGUACUCAAUGUGAUGGCACCAGGGAUCAGGCAACAGUAUCCCGAGGAAAUGCCAGCAAAACUGGACCCUCAAGUUCAAGGCCCACAAAUGUUGGGAAGUAGUAAAGAUUUACAACACUUUCAGCAUAUCUUGGGCCAAAUUAAUGAGGAGGGUCUUGCUGACAGUGAAAAAGACCUAGCAAAAAAACAGUCACAGCAGUCUCAACCUCAUCCACAACCUCCUUGGACUGGAAUGUCUUCCUCUCACUUUCGCCCCAGUGAGUCUCCCCAAAAGUCAAACGAGGUGCUCUUGAGAACAAUGCUCCAGCUGCAAUCCAAUUCAGCUGAGCAGACACAUCCAAAACAAUAUUCUGUGAGUCCAGAUACAUCCAAGGGUGCUACAAGUCAGAUUUGCUAUCAGAACAACAUGAGGGGUGAGCAAAUACCAGCACUAUACAAGGGCGAGGCCAUGCAGUUGCCUCCACAUCCUUCACCUGACCAGCAAAUGCAAUUCCAGAAGCACUCUCCCCAGCCUACAAAGAUGGAAACUUUGCUGAAAUCCCAUGCACAGCCACAAAAUGCAAAGCACUUUCACUUUCAGUCACAUGCUGAGCACCACACCGAACAGCCUUUGGAGGCACAGUUAAAGACGCAGCACUUAAACCCUCCGCCACUGGAGACUGAGCCGCUCCUGAGUUCACAUAUUUUGCAGCAGAUGCUCCAGGCCCAGCCGGCACAACUGCCGCAGAGUCCACAGCUUCCCUUGAGCUCCCAGCAGCCAGUGUUGCCCACCAAGAACAGAGAACUUCUGCAGACCUUUGCCCAUUCCCAGAGCAAUCAGGAGCAGCAACUGCAGGGAGCAUCUUUUAGCCAGCUUAAAAUAGAGGAGUGCUUUGAGACAGCAAACAGUUACUUCAAAUCCACUGAGUUUCCAGUACAAAAUCUCCAGACCAGACCCAGCCAGGUGUCAGAUAUGAACAAUAAAGAUACCCUUUACAAUCAGGCUUUUAAAGCAAAUACAGUCAUGAAGCAUUCCUACCCAAAUAAUAUGCACUUAGUCUCGGAGAAAAAGGAAGAUUCUAUAAACACAGAGCUCUUUGCAGAAAACAUAACUCAAGACUUGCAGCAUAUGCAAUAUUAUCCCAACAGUAUGACUCCAAAACAAGACUUACCCCAGUGUUUUCAGGAACAAAAACCCCAGUCCUCACCAACUUCAGCUGUACCGCUCCCCUUCCAGCCAACACAGAGCUAUCCCAAUUUUACCACUAAUAUGUGCAGCCAGCAAACUCCCCAGGUUCAGUCAAGGUACCUGCCAUAUAGUAAUCAAGCAACAUCCCAUGCGGUAGAGCAGAGAGGGUGCCAUCCUCCAUCUCAGCCCCACAGGGACUUUCAAAAGCAUGCUGCUCUCAGGUGGCACAUCUUAAACAAGCAAGAGCAACAAAUUAACCAGAACAAAUCUGACACAUGCCACAGCAUGGGUCACAAGCCAAUCAAAGCAGAAGCUGGCCCCAAGAUUAAUGUCUGCCUCCCUUCGAUGGCUGGGCAGAUGGAAAACAAAGCAUGGAAGAAGCCAAUUAAGCAAGAGGUUCAGCAUUUUGGUUGUGAGAACAUGCAACAAAAGAGCAUCAUCGAAACCAUGGAACAGCAGCUGAAGCAGAUUCAGGUCAAGACACCCUUUGAUCACAAAUCACUUACUAUCAAAUCACCAAAACAUGUGAAGGUUGAAACCACAGGGCCCAUCACUGUUCUGUCAAGAAAUUCCAGUGCUGCGGAUUUCAACAGCCACGCCACCCCUCUAGAUCAACAGGUCAUUCAUUCUAAUGAAAAAACUCCCACCAAAAGAACUGGGGGAACAGCUCUCAAUCAUUUUUUGGAGUCGCCUUCCAAGUUAUUAGAUACUCCUGUGAAAAACCUACUGGAUACACCUGUCAAGACGCAAUAUGAUUUCCCCUCAUGCAGCUGUGUUGAACAGAUUAUUGAAAAAGAUGAAGGCCCUUUCUAUACCCAUCUAGGAGCUGGUCCUAAUGUGGCUGCUAUUAGAGAAAUCAUGGAAGAAAGGUAUGGACAGAAAGGCAAAGCCAUAAGGAUAGAGAAGAUUGUCUACACAGGGAAAGAAGGCAAGAGUGCUCAAGGAUGUCCUAUUGCUAAAUGGGUGAUUCGUAGAAGUAGCACAGAAGAGAAACUCCUUUGCCUGGUGAGAGAGCGUGCCGGCCACAGCUGUGAAACAGCAGUGAUUGUUGUACUCAUCCUGGUGUGGGAAGGCAUUCCUCAGAGCCUAGCGGACAAGCUGUACUCCGAACUCUCUGAAACUUUAAGGAAGUAUGGCACACUCACAAACCGUCGGUGUGCUCUAAACGAAGAACGAACGUGUGCAUGCCAGGGCCUGGACCCGGAAAGCUGUGGUGCCUCUUUUUCCUUUGGCUGCUCAUGGAGUAUGUACUACAAUGGAUGCAAAUUUGCCAGAAGCAAGAUCCCAAGGAAAUUCAAACUAUUAGGAGAUGAUCCAAAAGAGGAAGAAAAGCUAGAAGCCAAUCUGCAAACUCUAUCAACUCUGAUGGCCCCCACUUACAAGAAGCUGGCUCCUGAUGCCUAUAACAACCAGAUUGAAUAUGAACACAGAGCACCAGAGUGUCGAUUGGGUUUGAAGGAAGGUCGCCCUUUCUCAGGGGUCACUGCCUGUCUGGAUUUCUGUGCUCACGCUCACAGGGACUUGCAUAAUAUGCAGAAUGGUAGUACACUGGUGUGCACACUAACCAGAGAAGACAAUCGUGAAAUUGGCCAGACCCCAGAAGAUGAACAACUGCACGUACUCCCUUUGUACAAAAUUUCCAAUGUAGAUGAGUUUGGUAGCACAGAAGGGCAGGAGGAGAAAAAACGGAAUGGCAGCAUCCAAGUCCUUAGUUGUUUUCGACGAAAAGUAAGGAUGUUGGCUGAACCUGUAAAGACCUGCCGGCAAAAAAAGAUGGAAGCCAAGAAAGCAGCAACAGAGAAACUGGCAUCCAUGGAGAAUGGGUCUACCAAACAUGACAGAGAAAAAUCAACCACAACACGUCAAAAACAGACCAGCUCGGAGGCAUCAGGCCAUGCAAAACAGCUAGCAGAUCUGUUACGUCUUUCAGGAACAGCCGUGCCACAGCAACCGCAGCUCUAUCAGCAUCCACACCAUGGCCUCCCUACGAAGCCUCAGUCAAAUCACAUCAACUCAUACUCUUCUUCAGGUCACACCAACCUUUACAUGGGCCUACCUAAUCCAGCUAACCCUUAUCCAAACACUUCACAUCCUUCAGGUCCUUAUGGGGGAUCUAGUUCUGUGAAUAGCUACGCAACGUCUUCUCAACCUACAGGAGCUUAUCUGAAUUCUUCCAGUCUCAUGAAUCCUUAUUCUGUACACUUGGGUCAAAAUAAUCAGUAUCCCUAUUAUCAAUGCAAUGGAAAUUUGCCUAUGGACAACUGUUCUUACUAUAGUUCCUAUUCCUCUCAGUCUCAACAUAUGGACUUGUUUAGGUAUCAGAGUCAAGAUACUCUGUCUAAACUAAGUCUACCUCCAAUUCAUACAUUAUAUCAACAUAGGUUUGGAAGCCACCAGAACUUUGGGCCCAGGAACUUGAAUUAUGGAAACCAAAACAUCCAGGUAGAUGCUUUCAACAGCUGCACCAUUAAACCAAAUGUUCAGCAUGCAGGUUCUUUUCCUGCUUACUCCACGCAUGAGGCCGAUGACUCCUUUAUGGACAUUGCCUCUCGACUGAAAUCUAAUUUAAAUAAUCCAGGCGUGGACUACAUGAGUAAAAAUGGAGAUCAUCUCUAUCCCCCUCCACACCUAACUCAUGACUACCACUCCGCUGCAAGUAUGUUCAAUGGUCCUGCUCAUUCACUCCACCUUCAGAACAAGGAUACUCAAGUCGCUAAUGAGUUGUCCAGUGUGCUUCCAGCUCUUAACCACAAUAGGACUGCUUCCCAAGAAGGCAUAAAUAAAACUGAGGUACACAAUGCAGAGGAUCCUGAUGAGGUCUGGUCAGACAAUGAGCAGAGCUUUCUGGAUCCAGAUAUCGGAGGUGUGGCAGUGGCCCCAUCACAUGGGUCAAUUCUCAUAGAGUGUGCGAAACGUGAGCUCCAUGCAACAACCCCACUGAAAAACCCUAACCGGAACCACCCCACAAGAAUAUCACUUGUCUUUUACCAGCACAAAAGUAUGAAUGAGCCAAAGCACGGCCUAGCUUUGUGGGAGGCAAAGAUGGCUGAGAAGGCAAGAGAAAAGGAGGAGGAAUGUGAGCGCUAUGGUCCAGAUUAUGUGCCUCAGAAAGUGCAUGGGAAGAAAGUGAAACGGGAGCCUGUCGAAAUGAAUGAAAACUUGGAACCAACCUACGUGCGCUUCAUCAGGUCACUUGCACAAAGGACAGUGUCACCCACCACAAACUCCACAGUCACCACAUCUCCAUAUGCCUUUACACGGGUUACAGGGCCUUACAACAGAUAUAUAUAGAAGUCAAAUCUAUGUUCAUUACCUCAUCUGUUUCUUUUGUUGUGUUUUUCUUUUUGGAAAAAAUGUCAGCAAGGUAAUAAUUCUCUUUAGGUUGUAAACAGGGAAUGGUCAAGAGACAGUAUAUUUUUUUUAAUUUGUCCAUGGGAAGUCCUCCUCAUACCACCACAUUUAUUUGGCAAGUGGUCACAGGCCAUGUGUUAAGAAUGAAAACCAAAGCACCCUAUGCAAAAUUAAAUUUGUGACAGUCGCCAGUUAACCGUGAAGUACUGAUUUGACCAUUGGAAGACAGAAUCCAUAUUCAUACUUUUUAAAUUUUUCCAUCUGUGACCAUUUUAAUGAAAAACAAAUUGAGAAAGGUUUUUGUUCGUUUGUUUUAAAGUAAAAAUACUGUAAUAUUUCAGUAGCUGAAAUUUUAAAAAACCAGCAGGUGCUGAAUCUAUGAUGUACUGAACUAUUGGAACUACAGCUUGCUAAUAUGCAGGGGUUAGUUUAGGGUGUUGUUGUUGUUGUUGUUGUUGUUUUUUUGCUAUAAUCUUAAUAUUGACUUGAUUUUUAUUAAUCAGGAUAGCUAUAUAUAUAACAAAGAAUACAAAGCAAAACACUGAAUUUGUUUGGAUAGUCUAAAACAUGGUGCUAUAUACAAGAAUGGUGUCUAAUGCAACAUUUGAACAGUUUUAUGACUUUUAUUGAACCAUGAAUAUGUUAACAGUAUACUCUGUUCUCCUUGAACUGUAAAAGGGCCUUUUAAUUUUGUAUUUGUAUCCAGUUAGCCUGAUCCUAUUUAAAAGUCCUAUUUUUAAAAUAUGGGAGGAGCAAGGACCAAGAUCCAACAAAGCUUUAUGGACGCAAUAGGAAGGUUGCAUGUGAAGAUGGAGCUCUCUGAAAAGCUUCCAAUUACAGCCAGUUUACCUUUCCAGCAAUGGAAAUCUCAUCUAGAGAAUAGCCUGUUUCAGAUGCAAUAGCAAGCCCUAGGUGAGCGUUACAUUAAUGAACUGUGAGCCUCACUUUCUCUUUCCUUCUCUACCAUGAGGAAGAAGUUGAAAAAAAAAGCUUCCUGUUUUAAGCUAACUUGACUUUAUCAUUACAUUGAAACUGAAAAACUCUGUAUAGCUUAAACAAUGGUUUGCAAACAAAUGCUGUUCAAACCAAGGUUUAUUAACCUGGCCUGUUAACAAACUACAGUUUAAGCUAACUAGACUUUCUCGAGUUUGAUUGUAAUGUUUAGUGACUAUAAUGACAAACUGAUUCAUCUGAAAGUGUAUGUGGAUGCUUCCUUCCUGUGACCACAGUGGAGGAAAAGUGGGAAGCAUGUGAGUUGCAGGUUGGUUUCUGGAAAGUCAUGCAGUGCGAAACUAUUGCAAACUGCUCUUUCUGCUCUAUAUAUCAGUUUAUAGCAAGAUAAAUGCACAGCAGUACAUUUCUUUUAUUUGAUCCAGGUAGCUUCUCUGAUGGCAGCUUUAGCUUUUAUACGAACAUAGCGUUUUCUCAGCAUUUGAAUCACACUGGUCACCAUCAUGGGGUGCCAUAGUGGAACUUUUUUUUUUUUUACACCCAGUUCCCUUGGCUGGACAGGCAAACCAGUUUAGAAAGUAAAUGUGCUCUCCUUCUUUCACCAGCUGAUCCACUGCUGUAAAAAAAUCAAGAACUGUUCUACAGCAGUUUUGUACUGCAGCUCAUAGUGUUACCGGUAAGCAGUCAUAAUCUCCUCCAUGACUUGUUCUGGUGAUGUGCAGGUUGUUCCCCCCUGCAAACAGAAGGUCGGUUAGUUCAGCUGCUUAAGAGUGUCGUGCUGAUACCAUCAAGUUUGUGGAUUCAUUCCCCAUAUGGGCCACAACUGAGUAUUUUUCUUUUUAAGAGUUCAUUUGUUAAUCUGUUGUCCAAACAUUUCAUGUAAUCUACAUUUGAGAGCCAGUGUGAUAAUAGUGGUUAAGAGCAUUGGACUGGGACUCAGGAGAUCUAGUCCCUACUCAAUUCUUCAAAAUGAAACAAGGCAGGAUAUAAAUAAAACUAAUUAAUUAAUUAAAAGUAGUGAGGCAAGGCUCAACAGCUGGCUUAAUUCAGGUCAGGUUUUUCCAUUCAUGCAGGACUCUCAAGUCCCAAUCCAAUGCGCUAACCACAGAAACACACGUAACCUAUUUAUCAUCGCUGUCCUAUACCAUGGCCCAACUAGUGCCGUGUUAUGUGGGCGAAAGAACCCCAGGGGAACCAAAGGCUCAUCGAGCUUACAGGCCAAAAAUGUCUGUUUGACCAUGAGGGAGCUUGGCUACUAAUGAGAAGGGAUGCUGAGUGAAAGGGUCGUUGGCCAUGCUGGCUUGGAAUUGUUCAACCCCCCUGCGGGGCACCAGUCUGGGGAAGGCUGGCUGAUGCAAAAAAUACUGGCAAAGCCCACAUGCAAGGCUUGGGUCGAUUGGCAAGUCCAAACGUUUGCUCAGCGCAUGGUGCUCAUUCUCCCCACCACCACCCCAGCUCCUAUAUGUUCAUAUAAGCUUUGUUGGAUCUCACUGAAGUUUACCCACCCAUUCAAGAUGUGAUUCAGAACAAUAAACAAUAGAAAUAUAUUUUUCAAAUGGUGCUUGAAAAGCACUUUAUUUAAGUGUUGGCAGCUCAACAAGUGCUAGGGCACUAAAACAUUGUAAAGUUUAUUUUGAUCUUACUGUUCAAAGAGAUCUUUUCUAAAAAGGCAAAGCUUUUGUUCUUAGGAGCAAGACAUAAUCCUCAAAUGACACAAUAUGGUAAUUGUGUGGCUUGGAGUUAACCCUUUCCUUUCUUGUUCUUAAGCAUAAAGGGCCCUCCUCGUAUUAGGACCACUAUACAUGGGCAUGGGAGCUUGACUGCCCGCCCCCCUUCAAUUUGUUCUCAAAGUCUCUCCUUCCCUCUUUGUGCCAAUGGAGAUUUCUUUCUGUUUCUUUUAGAUUGGGGGGCGGGGGGGACAAAUUUCAAGAAACAGGUGGGGAAAAGGUUGAAACCUCUCCUGUCUAUGGUGCUGACCCAGGCUGGGCUUCCACGUGCUUUCCUUGCAAAAAGAGGAUAGGAAGCUUCUCGCUACUUAUUUAGCUUAUCCAGGCAGUUUUAUUCCAAGUAUGGUGGGGGAGUCAGUGCAGAGGAGCACUAAGUCUGGGUGCUCAUCCCUGCCCCUGCCUGCAUUUUCCUUCUCUCUUGCUGUCAGCCUCUUGCCCAUACAUCUACCAGCAGAAGAGAAAAACACCCCGUCAGAUUUCUGCUCUAAUUCAGACAUGGGCUCACUGGAUACAAGGAAUAUCCUUAGUAUACAAACCCCAUUCUCUGGUGCUCAUCUCACACGACUGUAUUAUGAACCUUUUUUAAAUAAUUAUAACGGUAAGCAUAUUCCUCAAAUUGUGUAAUUUUAAUAUAUCUAUUAGCCACAGGUAAUAACAGCAUGGAUUAGACUUGACAAUUGGAUAGUUUUAGUCUUCUGCUACCUUUUGAAGGUUGGAAAAGUUCUCCAAAUAACCAGGUGAACUGCUUUGAUGUUUGAUGGAUUAUUUAUGUUACAGAAUAUGUCACUGCUCGGAGUAGGUUGCCCCUCUUUGCUGUGGUUUGAAUGGAAUCCAGGCAAGAGGUACAGGGUUAAUCUGUAGGAUUUUAUUGGUGAAAAAAUUCAGAACAGGGCAGCUGGCUUGCUGUGGUGGGUUUUAAAUUGGUAAUUUGUAUAAAAACAUAAGCAAAAAGAUGUAUAGUAACUUAACUUGUAAACAAAUUUUUAAUGCAGUGCUUUAGUAUUUUAAUACUGUACAAAUAUAUAAAUAUAUAUAUUAUAUCUAUAUAUCUAUAUCUAUAUGGGUUUGGAGCUGAAUUCACAUCAUGGUGCUACUCAGCCUGCUAUAAAAAUAUAAUGUGAGUUAAAAUACAUUAAAAUGUUUAAUGAUGAUCCUGUUGCCAUAUACCUCAACACUAGUUGGCAAUAGGUUGUUAAACUGAGAGUGGAAGUUUAUAAUGUUCUUAUACCAUCUUCCCUUAACUCUCUACCCCCUAGUCUUUGGAAAAAAUAUAUAAUUUUUCUCACUACUUGAUAUUAUAGCAAGUAUAACUUGAACUUUGACCUUAAUUUUUUUUGUUCUAAAACUUCAGGGAUAUAUCAGCUCAUGAUCUCCUUAGCAAGCCAACAUAUCAUCCCAAGUGUAUGAGAGAGAGAGAAAGAGAGUGAGUGAGCGAGCGAGCGAGCAAAUGAAUGUGUGCGUAAAGCUAUGUUGUGUGCUGUUAAAUAUAUUAUCUUUUUUUGGGGGGGUGUUAAAUUCUAUUUUAUUGUUUUCAAGGAUUUAAUCUGUGUGUUUUUUAAUCCCUCUUCUAAUUUUACUUGUAAUUGUACCGAUGGUAACUAAAAUGCUCUUUUUUUGUAAAUUCAUUUGCUACUUUUUAUGUUAAUGAAAGUGUGUUAACAUUUUAAACUCUUGGGGAUUUUUUUUUAAUGUUUCACAUAAAAUGGAAAGUAGAAUGCACUGAGCUGGCAAAAGGGAAAAAGUAAAGGUAAGGAUUUGGCAACUGACUUGUUGAGUAGAGGACUGUGUUUGGUGUUCCUCUUCAAGUUCUCUUAGAACAUGCCUUAUGAUGAGACUGAAAGUAAAUGAAACCAGUGGGCAGCAGAGUUAGGUAAUCAGGCAAAACAGAGUGCGGUCCUAGGCUUGCUUGGACAGAAAAAUGCCCUGUAGCUACCAGCAUACAGUCUUGAUGCAGUAUAAAGUUAUAAAUGGCCACUAAUUAUGAUGACUGUAUCCCACGUCCAGGUGAGAGGUGCCACAUCUUUCAAUGCAGCUGGGAGACAGGACUAUAUCAUUCUCACCUCUUGCUUUAGGGCUUCCUGGAAGUGUCUGUUUGGCCACCAUGGGAAUCAGGUGCUGGACAAGGCAGGCCUUGGCCUGAACCAUUAGAGCUCAUAGAAGGAUUUCCUUUUAAUAAAUGCAAUCCCAAUGCUCAGAUGUGUCAAGCUGUGUAAGGCAAAGGCCUGCCUGACCAUGGAAUGCUGAUCUGUGUCAUAUUGAUUGCCCCUCUAACAUUAACAAGAUUCAUCCAGUUUCAUAAGACUAACCUUUGCAGGACUAAUGCCACAAUUUGGACUUUUUAUCAGCUAUGUUUCAGUCCAAUAACUCAUUUCAGUCAAAGGAGGCCUUCUGAUUUUCUGUGACCACCUUAUUCUGUAGAAGAGGCUAAGAUCAAAUAUAUGCAAAACAGCAGUUCAAUAUAGAUGCCAUGAAUUCAGAUGCAUUGAGGCUUACAGUGCGCCAUCAUUAGCAGGCUGUUAUGACAUCCAGACAAUGACGUCUUCCACUCGUAACUGUCCGACAUUUUCCCACCAGUUCUUCCACGUUUUCCUUACUGCAGAAAACCCAUUAAGGGAAGAAGAUGAAGUGGCUACAUUGUGCUUUCUUCAUUGCUCUGCGAGUCCUGCAUAUGGAAGCACCUAAAGUUUUGUCUUUAAAAUGUAAUAGUAAAAUUAGCUGGGCAGUCACCCAAAGCUGGGGGUUGGCAAGGGGAAUCUCUGGUGUGAACUCAGACCAGCACAAAUGGUGGCUGCUCUGUUAUUUCAUCAAUACUGUAGAAAGUUCCACAAGGGCUCCCUGACAUUCCCUGAUCUUGCAUAGAUUCCAACUUCUUCUCCAUGCAUGGAGCUCCACAUGAACAUUAGAGUUGCUGGAUCAGGGAACUUGGGGAACUUUUCUCAAAAUGUUGAUUAAAGUACAUACUAGGCUGGAUUGCCAAAGAACCAUGAGCAGCAGCCAAAGAGCUGCUCUUGUCCUUUUGCACACAUUAGUUUAAGGGAAUUCACACACAGAGCUAUAAUAUGUAGAACAGUUCUAAUGCUUCUGCUUGUGCAUGAGCCUACAUGAGUGGAAGGACGAUUCUGGGUUAGGUAUCAUUUUUCCUGCAUAAUGCUCCAGCUUCAAUUAGAAAAAUAGCACUCACCAAGUGGAACCGGAUCCAAAAUGGAACUAGGUGUCUUUGUUUGGCUCCCCUUGUCAUUUGCCAAAUUGCUUGCAAACAGAGGAAAGCUCAGUUGGGGAGGUGGGGGAGAGAAAUAUAUUUUGUAAAUAAAAGUUGUGAUUUUGAUGUACAGAACCCUGCCUCAGAAUGAAUAGGUGCAGGGAGCAGACAUUAAAUUGCUUGUAUAGGAUUAUCAGGUUGACUGUAGCCAUACUUGAAGAUGCUUCUGAGUGGUGUCAACUUUACUUGAAUGAUUUUUCCCUUCUUCAUCUUGAUUGACGCACAGUAGCGUACACUUUUAAAGCUAGUGGUUAACUUUUGUGUAGGAAACUUUAACAAUUUGACACUAAGAUUAUGAACAUUUUAAAAAAUGUGCAUUUUCUAAGCUUAUGUUCUAUUGUUUCAGUUUUUUAAAUUUUUACUUUCCCUCAUUCUUCAAAUGUUCUUUUUUGUUUUUGUCCAUUAAAAAAAAUCUGAGAAUGGUUAUAAAUACUGUAAGUAUUGUAAUGUAAUGUAUGCAGGUUAUUUGAAAAUCUGUUUUAUUAUAUCAUUCCUGAUAACGCUGAAAUGUGGGUGUUUUUAAUAAAAUUUAUAUUUAUUUAAUGCA